CUUGGAUCAGCUGUAUGAGUCUCCUUUAUAGCUUUAGAUUGGGGGGAUCCGCUGCUCACAGUUUGGGUUCAUGGAGGAAGAAGGGCAUAAUGAGGAAUGGCAAGCGGCAAACACAAACAACAGCGCACUAAGUGAAGCACAGUCCGAGACAGCAUCACGGAAAGACAGUAUUGAUGAAGGCCUGCCAGAAGAUUUUCUUUCUUUGGAUAAAAAAGCUGUGGAGCAACUGAGUGAAGGUCUAAUUUCUCACUACUUGCCCAGUCUUCAGAGUUCAAAACUUGCACUACAGGAGCUCACGCAAAAUCAGGUUGUAUUAUUAGACACACUUGACCAAGAAAUAUCAAAGUUUAAAGAAUGUAAUUCCAUACUGGAUAUUAAUGCUUUGUUUGCAGAAGCAAAGCAUUACCACAACAAGCUAGUAAACAUUCGUAAGGAAAUGAUAAUGCUACAUGAGAAGACUUCAAAACUAAAAAAGCGAGCUCUGAAGUUGCAGCAAAAGAAACAAGAAGAAAAUCUUAGACAGGAGCAGCAAAGAGAACGAGAACUUGAGAGAGAAAAACAAUUAACCGCAAAACCAGCAAAAAGGACAUAAUAUCCAAAUCUUGGCCAGAACUCUUCCUUUAGUGCAAUCAUGUUACACUGCAUAAUCAGUGAAAACCAAUGGUGUAUGACUGAAGCAGAACAAGAAUCACACUAUUUUGGCUUCGUGCUGUGCAUAUAUAAUGAGUUUCAUCUGACAAUCGGUGUGGAACAUCAACAUUCUUUUAAGUGGUUUAAACACAGCGGUGAUGUGCUCCAAUAAUCCAUGUGUUGGCUACAACUUAUAUAAAUGGUACAGUGAAAUGGACUGGCCACUGGCUAAACAUCCUGUGGGAGAGCCUUGUACACCCUGUUGGCCUUAUAUUUGAAAAAUCUGAAAGUUGGUUAUAUUCAGAUCUGUUCUUUGUAAAUUGUAUUUUAAUUCCUAAUCAAGAUGCAGCAACAUUUUCAGCGAUUUUUAAACCACUUAAGUUCCAAAUGCCUUUCAUUAUAUAAUUGCACUGAGCAAGGAAAGGUGUACAAUCAGGAGAGCCUGCUGAAUAGUAAAUAAUAAUAUUAAAUAAUAAUAGUAAUAACUGUAUAUUGUCCAGAAUGGUAGAUGCAUUAUUUAGCUAGUAUUCAAAGAUUCAAUUUGAAUGCAAUAAAUGGCUACCAUUCCCUACGUUUGGUAGUAGGUGUUGUGGAUUGGCUUUGUUCCAAGAAA